AAUGUUUGAAUUCAAUGCAUUUUUAUUGUUUGGGCACAAAAGGUGGAAAGAGUGUCGCGUUUUGGCUGUACAAAUUUAAUUUUCUGUUUAAUCAACAGAAGUUCCAACAUUUUUUAAUCAUCGAAUGCAAAUGGAACUUCAAAUUAAAUGUGGUUUCUGCGAGGUUUAUGUGAAAUGCGAAAUUGAUGUGAAAAAUACAAACGCUUUAUUCAAAUGAAGUUGAGACAAAUGUGAAAUCCAUGCAAAAUAAUGAUAAAUAUGAGCACAAUCGGAAUUCUUCUGGGCUGCGCUUAGUGACGUUUAGGACAGUAAUUUGUUAAAAAAAAAUUGGUAUUUGCUGUUGUUGAAUCCGCACCAGCUUUAAUUGUGUGAUUCAUGUGCAGCAUUUUCCUUCAUUCGGUGUGAAUAUGUAAACGAAAUUAAUGCAAUGAAAAAUUAAAAAAAAAAGUGCAAACUAUCCAAAAAUAACGGAUUUAGUUGCGAAAAAUAAAAAUAAACAUAUUUAAAUGAUUUAACUGAAUUUGGAGACUGUGUUUUAGACUUUGAUAGCUCAAUUAAACUGACCACAAGACGCAAUACAAGUCUUAUUUGCAACAACAAUUCAGUUUACUCGUAUUUUAAUUUCGCAUUUUAUUUAUGCAUUUGUUUUUGUUAUUUUUUAUCGCACAAAAUUAAAAUACUUUUACUUGAAAAACAAUUAUUUUUAACGCAUACGUUGUUGUUUUUUAUGGCGAAAACGUAAGCAAGAAUUGCUAAAUACACAAACUGACUGACGUUAUGCUGCAAAACAUUGUGAGUUAAACAUACUCGUACGAGCACAUUCCAAAUUUAACCAACCGAUGUAUAAAUAACAACUGCGACGCAUAUGAUGUGCAUACAAAAGAGUAUAGGUUUCUAUACACGAGCAUGUAUAUUUCACUGUAAUUAAUAUGGAUAUGAUAACAUUACAAAAACAAAAUGACAUAAUAACCAGAAUUCAUUUUUUUCCAGUGAAAUAGCUUAAUCAAACAGCAAAUUAACAGCAAAUAAUUACUUUUAUAAUCACAAAGUUACUUAAUCAAUAGUUCAGCGAGUACGACCAUAGACUGUCGUCCAGUCAUUCAUUUAGCGAAUCGUUCAGUUUUGUGCGCAAAAUUGCAAUCGGAUACUUUUCCUUUUUCGUGUUAUUUCUUUACUUUAAUAUCUUUGCAUCAUUUUACAAUAUGUGUAAGCGCAUAUAAGCAUAUACUCGUAUAGCUAUGUAUACAUAAGUGCAUUUAUGUAUAUGUAAGAGCUGACGACGACGACAAUCACAGUGAAAUUCGCAUCGUAUUACCCACUGGAAGGCUUUAGCGGCAGCCGCACUUCAUGCGAACACACCUGACUGCUGACUAAAAGCAGAAAAGGGAAUUUCAUAAGCAACAACAACAGCCAACAAAGUUUUCAAAUCACCUAAUUAGGGAUAUACCGCCCAGCUGUAACGCGGACAGCUUGUUGAAAGUGCGGAUUGGAUGUGUGGGCAAAUACUAGAUGAAGAGGAACUCAAAUUAGCCACAAAUUAAAUAUAAAUAGUCAACACCGUGCAGAAAGGCAGAAGCGAUUAAGGGUUGGAACACAUGAUAAUAUGACCAAAUGCCUAAAUUGAAUAAGCGCACAUAAGUAACAAGUUUCGAUUGUCUGCAUUCAAACCGCCUUUAACGUGGGCGAAUGUUUUAAGCACAAAUUAUGAGCAACAUGAAACAUGGUUUCUCCACACUCAAUCGGUGGUUGGGGAAGAAGAACAAAGCCGAAAAAGCAAUGCCUAAUGGCAAACUGUCCAAGUCUAGCACAAACCUAAACAGUUUGUCCGUCUCAUCGACGAACAUCAACGAAACUAGUCAAUUGGAAUAUAAUCGCAUCACGCCCUUGCCGGCAGCCACAAGUAAUGCGCCUUUUGAACAGACCUUCCGCAUUACCGUCCUUCUGCCGAAGGAUCAGCUGUACGUUGCACGCUUGGGCGCACGCGUACCACUGAGCAAACUAUUGGAAUUGGUAUGCGAAAACAAGCUACUGGACGCAACAAAAUAUGAAUUUAGAAAUCCAGUUGAUUCGAGUCAAGUGUACAGCUGCGAUUUAACUAUUGGUGCUGUGGGCCUCUCUGAAAUACGUUUGUGUAACAAAUCCGAAUCGUAUGGCAAUUUUAAUGCCGAUGAAAUUAUAAAACUGCAUCGAACGGCAAUCAUACGUGACUCUCUCUCUUCAUCGGAGUUCAGUAGUCGCUACUCUAAGCACACAACGAAAACGACUAGUCCCUACAGCUCAAGCAACUCGCUUAAUUCGAUGGACUCGACAGGUAUGAAUUGCAUACGCACUCCUGUCUCUCCACCUGCCACACUUACAACAUCAACACUCACAACUCCAACUAAAAUAUCGGCUCCUCCACGAAAGAAACGUGCUGCACCACGACCACCGAGCCAAACUGCCAUACCAGAGAAGGCAGUGCUCGUGACCAACGGCGAAGCGACCACAAAAGAUACAAACUCGAAUACCAUUGACAAUUUAGAGGUGCCAGACGGUUCUCUGUCACAUAAAAAUCGCUUUGUAUCGACGCCAAAUCUCUCUACAUCGCCAGAAGUGAAAGCUUUUAAUUCCAAUGGACACAUAAACAGUCUUAACAUUGAAACCGAACUAGAGUCUAGCUUAAAUGGUUACACUAAUUUGGAUAUUGAACUGGAACAAUCACAGGUCAAACAAAAAAAUGCACGAAACUUGUGUGGUGGCAGCGUACAGAAUUUAUACAGUGCUGAAAGCGUUCAACAACCUAUUGAAUUCCCUGAGCCAUCACCGCGUAAACGUAUGAUACAAAUUAAGAAAAAGACCACAGCACCUGCACCACCGCCCAGGGGCAGUUUAUAUGCAGAUUCGGAUACUCUUUCAAUCCAUUCAAUGACUCCGUCUACACCGGAUACGCCUUUAAGUCCACUUAUGCCCUUACCGCCCGAUUCUCCGUCAGUAAACACAAAUAUUGAAGAACAUUUAGAUCAGAAUAGUAAUAAACAACAAUCUCGUGAUGAUGAACCUGUUGCCAAUGAAAUUCCAUCAGCAACACGGAACCUGGAGACUAUCCCUUCUGAGGCUGAAAAAACGACAGCUAUUGUACCUAAACCUCUUCCAAGGAUAACGACUAAUGCUUUUCAAAACGAUAACGAUACAUUUUUGGAAAAUUCAGUUUCUACUCUAACAGCAGCGAACGUUUCCAAAAUUAUUCUGAAUCGUACACCAACGCCGGAGCCUCGAUCCCUUUCUGCUGAGCCACAGGAUAACGAUAGCUAUCUGGGUGUCCACAUCGCAUCACUGAAAAACACAGUCGAAUUAGAACACGACGAUGACGUAUCAUCUAAACAAAUGGACUCCGGUAGCUAUUUGCAUGCACAUAUAGCAGCGCUUAAAAAUCCAUCAAGUUUAGAGAAUGAGGAUGACGCUUUGUCUAAACAGGCUGAUUCAGGUAUCGGCGAGCCUGUACCAUCUCCGGUUCCCGAUAGCUUGCCAUCAGAGAGUUCGGUGAAUGAUGGUAAAUCGGCAUUUGAGUCGAGCUCAGAUGACGACGACAUUAUUAAGGUGUAUAAUUUCAAGCUUGGAAAAACCGUGGUCAAACCUCAAGCUGAACCAAAAACUCUGGAAGAUUUCGUCGUUUUAGCCGCUGAGGAUCAGGUUGACAGUGGAGAUAAUACACCAACAACAGCAACACAAGAAGCAACACCCAAUUUCUCUGAUAGCGCGUCUUGGAACUUUUCAAUUCCAAUAUCUCCUCCGCCUAAUUUUGCUGACGCACGCUUUGCAGAUGGUUUUGUAAAUGAGAAGCCUCCGGACACGCCAAUCACUCCCAAAAUUAAAGAACGACCAAAGUUGGAUUUUAAAUCAAUUUCCCAUGCAGAGAGAACCUUUGUGCCAACUGUUGACAGUUCGCAUCAAGAACCAACGCAGCCACAUGACAUUGAGGUCAAAAGGGAUAUUUUAGCUUUGCCAAGCCCGACAGCUCCUUUAAAUGAAAUUGUAGAGGAACUUUCGGCAAUAAUUCAUUCAAAGGGUUUGGACACUCUUAUUAAAAAGCCAGAGGAUGAACCAAAGAUACAGUCGGCUAAGCCAACUACAUUACCUAACUUCAGUAUCACAACAAUCACACAACAGAUUCAAGAAAAAGAAAAUGAAGUUCCAAAUAAAGUUUCGGAACUAACACUAGCAAAUAGUGUGACAAAUUCUAGCGUUGAGCAAGUAAACAAUAAAGAGCAACUGCAUUCCGAGAAAACAACUUGUAUUGCCGGACAACAAAACGUUAUGAACAUAGAAACGCCAUCAACACAAAUUACGCACGCCAAAGUUGAACCCAACGGAUUUAGUUCCAGUCGUAGGCGAUCAUCAGGCGAACUUAGUAUUGGCGAAUCACCAUCUCUUCAAAGUCCUGAAGUUAUCAAAACGAUUCUGAAUUCACGCAAAAAUAGCUCCGCCAGCAGUAGUGAUGCAGACACCAAGGGAGCCGAAGAACUUAAAAGGCAAGACGAAAAAACACCAAAGAAUAUAGUUAAUGCACAAAACGACAUAGAUACAAAUAUAGCAACGCCACAGCCUUGUGUCACUUCCAAUUUCGAGAGCAUCGAGUCAAAAGAAGAACAUAAAACGAAUUUUGUCAAAAUUGCUGAGACACCAAAAAAUAAUGUGAAUGCACAAAAAGAAGAGGAAACAACGAGUUCAUCGGCAGAACAGACUAAACACAAAGAGCUGCCUAAAUUAUACCGAUACUCCGGACCGCCAAGCAUUAAUUUUUCUACUUGGAGUGAACGGCCCAAAGUGCAAGUAUCCAUAAAAAAUGAAGGUGAUUAUAUUUUCGGCGGCAAGAAUGCCGACAGUCAAAGCGCGGCAGUUACAACAGCUGCCAUUGAGAUUAACACGAAAUCUCAUAAUCGAAAUAAUAGAGUUUCAAUGCCUGCGGCUGCUUUUUGGGCGGAAAGAGAGAAUGCACCACCCCCUGUUGCCCCUAAACCCAUAGUAAUCGCUUCCCCCACCGAACGAAUGGGUAUCCCCGAAAAAGAUUAUCGUGUUCCGAUGAGCGUUAAACCAUUACGCGAUGUAACAAUUGAAAACGUCGAAUUAAAUACGACAACAACAAAUAACGCAACACAACUGGAGCACUCAGCUAAGGGCCAGUGGAAAUCGUCAAGUAUUACAACUGUUCUACUCAAUGGAAGUUCAGAAUCGGAAAAUAAUAAAGGUGAAGCAAUCCUCAGACCAUCUUUCACAUCGACUUUGCCCCGCAGCAACGCCAAUCGAUUUAGCAUACCGGUAGUAAAGAACGUGGGUCCAGGGUUGCUCCGUUCAACCUCCAUCACCCAAUUGGAAGCGAAUAAGCCGAAACCCAUUCAGUCCGAAGUAGUAACAGCGCCAUUUGGUCAGAAUACAUUGCGAAAGACUGGUUUAAAAGAGAAAAUACGCGCAAACGAUUCUUUACCAAAAGAAAAGGAACAAACCGAAAAAAAUAUUUCGGAGCAAAUUCCCAAGCCUCUAACGGCAAGCGUACAACGUUCUACUACGAUUCUCAAUGGUUUCGUAGAUGUGACAAAUGUAAAAACAAUGACCGAGACAAGAAAAGUCCAUCAAACUACGGUUAAGCCGGUGCAAAGUGCCAAAUUGGAAUUAAAACUUCAGAACUCUAACUCUACCAGCGUAUAUUUAAACAAAACGAGCUUGAAUCCAGCAACUACCAUCACAACGAAAACAAAAACUCAGUCAGACGUUAAACCAGCGCCCAUAGUACCACCACCACCACCAACGCCUCCUAAAAGUGUAACACUACCCACACUAAAUAGCAGCAGCCCUGCAGAUACGUCCAGCAGUACAGAUCCAAGAGAUCAACUAUUGAUGGCAAUACGCAACUUCAAGCGUGAUAAUCUAAAUCGUAUUUAAAGUAGCACGAAGAAGAAUUUUUAGAAAAAGAAUAACCACACAUGUUGGAUACAUUAGUCACAAGGAGCUGGACUGAAAUCAAGUAAAAUAUUAUUGUAAAUGUGUUUUUAUAAAUACGUAUUUUAUAAGGACUAUAGGAAACGUUUUAAGCCGAAGUCAACUAAUUUUAUUAGCAUAGUUUAAGAAGUAGGGAAAACAAAGGCACUCGUCUACACAACCACACACACAAAGCAGCAGUCGUUGUGUCAAGCGUGAGGAGGACAGUGUCUACCCAAAAAAAAAAUAUGAAACCGUGAAAGCUAUAACAUUAUAUAAAUAUAUGCACAAAUAAUUAUAGGUUUACACACAUAUAUAAAUAUACAAAUAUGAAUUUUAAUAUUCACUGGAAUGAUAAAUAUAACCGACUACCGUAUAUUACUAGCAAAGUCCUUGGUGACUGUGUAAAAAUGCUAACCAAAUGUUUUCCAUCAGUCUGUCAACCGGAGAAAUGCCAGUUUUAGUGGUUUUCUUUUAGUUAACUGGCAUACUAAAUGUCCCAUUAACAACAAGUAAUACAUAAUUUAACAUACGUUUGUAUUCUGUAAAUUAUAUUCAAUAUUCUAAUUAACGUAUGAAUGGACAUUUAUAACUGCGUUUUAUUUAUAUUUUACUUGUUUUAUCUGUACGUAUAAAAAUGGAAUAUUACAAUGUUGAUAAUAAACCCCAAAAAAUACAAAUGCGUACUAUUUUAUUUGAAACCACGUUUGUCAAAUGGUAAAAUUGUUGUUCGAAUCUAUCUAAGCAGUUUAAAAAUAUGAAGGUGAAAUAGUAAUUACAAACUUACCGAUUUUCGUUCCCAUCGCUGAGAAUUUGUACUUAAUGAAAUUUUAAUAUUUUUCUGUGUGUUAGAUGUUUAAUGAGAGUUGAUUGUUGGUAUAUUGAUGAUAUAUUUGUAUAUGCAGAUGAAAGUUUUAAUUUUUUUGUUUUGUGUUAUAUAUGCUCAAUUACUUAUUAUUUAAAAUAUGUUGAAUAACUUAUUCUUGUUCUUAAACCUAAAAAUUGAUUCAAAAGAUAAAUUAAGCUUUCCAAAUAUACAUGUAUAUUUGUACGCAAGUUGCUUUAUUUACCUUUUCAUUUCUUCAUUUAACUAACUUCAUUUCAUUUCAAUACUAACACAGCUUUUCUAUCCGUUAUUUUCUUUUUAUUCAACACAGGUUUUCGUUCCGUUAUUAUUUUCUUGUUUAUUCAUAUUUUACUAACAAAUAAUUGAGGACCGCUUACAGCGGUUGAUUGACGCCAAUUGUUGUUUUGGUAAACAAACCGGUAUCUCCCA